AUGUCACAAGCGCAAGCUUUAAUAUUUGGUCAAAUAAAGCACGCUAACAAGACUUUGGCCGAACUCAAAGAUAGACAUAUCAUCUUUGAAUAUAACGGAACAAAACAAGAAUUCAUCUCUUCAACACCCAAAUUCUAUGACAACAUCUCCGCAAUCCUGUAUUAUGCCACCGAAGCGGAUAGAUCAAUCAACAAAAUCGAUAAAGAAAUACUCUCAGUUCUUCCGACAAGUGUCAUAUUAAUUCUGGUGAUUGGCGACGCGAGGGAAUCUGUCGAUAUCGAGACUGCCACAGAAUUAGGCAUAGCGGUUUCGGAUACUAAUAGCACUUUAACGGGGAGCUUAAGUCAAGAGGAAAUAGAGAAAAAAGCUCUAGAAAUUUUAGAUGACACGUUACUCACCAAUACACCUGCAAAUCCAAUAAACGAUAUUGAAGUAGUGGAGAAGAAUGCGAUGGAACGAGUCAAGGGUUUGAUAAAUUCAUUGGGAACUUUUGACGAGUUCGAUGUUACAAAUGGUGUACAAUUUUUUAACUAG